AUGGCACCCCAAGGCGACAAGCAAUUUUCGUGAGUUUCCAACCGAAACCAUAACCAGAUUAUCAAUAAUAUUUUCUCAGUUACGUGCCAAAAAUAAUGAAUGGCGGCCUGGCGGGAAUAAUCGGCGUUUCUUGCGUCUUCCCCAUCGAUUUGGUGAAAACAAGGCUUCAAAACCAAACUGUGGGCAAGAACGGCGAAGUGCAGUACAAAGGAAUGUAAGUUGAUGGAGCUCAACAUUUUUCGAUGUUUUUCGUGUUUCAGUGCUGACUGUGCCAAGCAAACCUGGCGAGCUGGCGGAGCCACAAACUUCGCCAAGGUUUUUUUUUCUUUUUUCGUUCAUAAAUUACUUUCCUGUUCAAGCUCAAAGGCAUGUACUCCGGCUCGGGAGUGAACAUUUUGUUGAUAACUCCGGAGAAAGCCAUCAAGCUUGUCGCCAACGAUUUCUUCAGAACCAAAUUGAAGGAGGAAGGGAAAAAGUGAGAGAAAAGCUCGAAUUUGUUUAAUUUUCUUCGAAAUACUCGAAAAAAUUUUCAAAAAAGCUUUUAACCUAGUUUUAGAAAUGGAUUGAGGAAUUCAUGAUUACGCUGUAAAGGAUGUCUAUUUAGAGAAAUCUGAAAAGUCAAUCUUUUUCGAUAUUUUAACAAAAAAAAUUUUUUUCAAAAAAAUUUUUUUCAUUUUACUUACAGACAAUUGUCAGUGGGACGAGGCAUGUUGGCCGGUGGAUUGGCCGGAAUGUUCCAAAUUAUUGUCACGACUCCUAUGGAGUUACUGAAAAUUCAAAUGCAGGAUCAAGGAAGAACUCUAAGUGGGGAAAAAUAAGGAAUACACACGAGUUGAUGAUUUUCAGAACCAGGACAGAAAAAGCUGAGCGCCCUGGAGCUCACUCAAAAAAUCGUCAAGGAAAAUGGUAUCGCUGGACUUUACAAGUAAAAACUGUCUCAGAGUUUUGAAAAUGUCAAAUUUUUUGCAGGGGUCUCAGUUCAACCUUCGCUAGAGACGUCACCUUUUCGGUCAUUUAUUUCCCGCUUUUUGCUUAUUUGGAUUCAUUGGUGAGAAAACCUUUUUUACGUGUAUUUUUAUAACAUUCAGGCCCCAAGAAGAUCCGAUGGAAGUGGAGACGCCGUUUUUUAUGGAAGUUUCUUUGCUGGCUUGGCCUCUGGAGCGUUCUCCUCCUUCUCCGUCACCCCUCUAGAUGGUUUUUCAGUUAUUAAUUUUUUGUAUGCGUAUAUCGAUUUUAGUAAUCAAAACGAGAAUGCAAACAAUCAACAAAGGAGCAAAUGAAGUCGUUUACAAAAACGUUCCGGAUGCGUUCGUGUGAGUUUUAAAUUAAUUUUUACAAGAGUCCAAGUUGUUGGAUUUCUUCUGUCAUAUCCCUAGCAUUUCUGAUUAGCAUGUUAAAAAUCUGAAAAAUAACUUGAAUUCAAAAAUUUUCAAAAAUUCUCCUCCAGUUUUUCGCAAAAAGGUCAAAAGGAUUUCUUGAUUGUUUCAAAAAUAACGGAGAUUGAGCAAUCAAAGGUUCAGAGUUCAUAUUACUGUUUCCGGUAUUUUCAGGCAAAUACUGAAGAAAGAAGGUCCUCGCGCGUUUUUCAAAGGGGCCGCGUGCCGUAUGAUGGUGAUGGCACCUCUUUUCGGUAUCGCACAAACAGUCUACUACAUUGGCGUAGCUGAGAAAAUCCUGGGCAUCAAAAAAGCCACCCAUGUUUGA